UUCUGCUUGCCAACCAACUUCAUUGAUUAAUCAAAACUCGUCGUUACCUGCAACAUGUAAUUGUCGGAGUUAUGCCUGUGUACAUUCAUCGUCAAAGUAAGUUGUCUAUAAAGUUUCCAGGAAAAAAGUUCAUUAGCCGCAGUGAUCAGGAGUUCUUCCUUCCUGAGCAAGAAAGGAACUAAACAAUCAGAAAACAAAAUGAAAAUGCCGCGAAAAUCAAUCAUACUACUCACUACAGUCUAUUAUUACAUCCUGCUUUUCUCCCCACUGAUCAACUUCCUUGUGUCGCCAGCAAAUGCUUACAGCAGCAGCAGUGCGAAUGAAACCGAUCGGCUUGCCUUGAUCGAAUUCAGAAAAGCAAUAACCAGCGACCCAAAUGGGUUUUUCCAGUCGUGGAACGAUUCAGUCCAUUUCUGCAACUGGGCGGGGAUUUCCUGUGGAGGCAACCCUGCAGGAUUGCAAAGAGUCAGAUCUCUGGAGAUUAAUCAGCAAGACCUGGUAGGCACUCUGUCUCCACACAUCGGAAACCUCAGCUUCCUUCAGGCUAUCAGCCUGGAUAACAACACCUUCAAGGGCGGGAUUCCAGCGGAAAUCGGAAACCUACUUAACCUCCAGGAGCUAAAUAUCACCAGGAAUUCUCUCGAUGGAGAACUUCCUGACAACAUAACACAGUGCUCCGAGCUCAGGAUUAUCAGAUUGCACUUAAAUCACUUACAAGGGAGGAUCCCUCUGGGGUUAGGUUCUUUAUCAAAGCUCGAGGUUUUCAGGAUCAACGACAAUAACAUGACGGGAGAGAUUCCUGCUUCGGUUGGAAACCUGUCGAACCUGAUAGAGUUUGCAGUGUCAUUUAUCAACUUGGUUGGAACAGUUCCAGAGAGCUUAGGCAACCUGCGCAGCUUGUACUCCAUCUCUCUAGCCGGCAACCAACUGACCGGUCCGAUUCCUCGAUCCUUAUUUAAUAGUACGACACUCAGAAUCAUUGCCCUUCCUUGGAAUCAAUUCUCGGGUAGUUUGCCGGAGGAUAUAGGCUUCACUGUACCGAAUCUCCAGCAGUUCGCUAUUUCCAAGAACAAAUUCGUGGGCCAAGUUCCCAAAUCAUUCUGCAAUGUCACCGGGUUACAGGUGCUGGACAUGAACAAGAAUGGUUUCACGGGACGGAUUCCCAAUUGUCUCGGGAAUUUGGCCAGAUUCACCUGGCUAUCGGUUGGAGUGAAUCGUCUCGGCAGUUAUUCAGCAGCGGACUUUGAGUUCUUGACUGGAUUGCAGAAUUGUACCCAGCUACAAUUGUUGGUCAUAAGUGGUAACAACUUUGGAGGUAAUUUACCGGACUCCAUAGCUAACCUCUCAGUCCAGCUCACUAGGCUUAGCGUUGCGCAUAAUCAGCUGACAGGAGAAAUCCCUUCCGGCCUGGAGAAAUUCAUCAACUUGAACGACCUGGAACUGAAUGAUAACCUCUUCCGAGGCAUGAUUCCCUCUUACUUCAGCAAGUUUCCGAACUUGCAAAGCUUGCACUUGGAAGGGAAUCAGCUAUCGGGACAAAUUCCGGCCACCAUCAACAACCUGACUCAGUUGUCAGUGCUCGAUGUCUCGGACAACAGACUAGAAGGCGUUAUUCCCUCGGGUAUCAGAUCGUUUGUGCAUUUGAACUACCUGGACGUUUCGGGGAACACUUUUUCCGGCACUAUCCCUGGCGAGGUCUUCAGUCUUCCUUCCUUGACUAAACUAUUGAACCUGUCGAACAAUGAGUUCACUGGCAACCUGCCUCCAGAAAUUGGGAAGUUACAUUCCCUAAUCGCUUUGGAUGUUUCUCAUAAUUUGCUGAUGGGGCCAAUUCCAAACAGCAUCGGGGAUUGCAAGAGCUUGGAGUUUCUGUACUUGCAAGGGAAUUCCUUCAAUAGGUCAAUCCCUCCAUCUUUAGCUUCAUUGAAAAGCCUUGAAGUGCUGGAUCUUUCCCUCAACAAUUUAAGAGGAGAGAUUCCGCUCGAUCUCCAGAACAUUAGCGCUCUCCAGUAUCUGAAUCUUUCCUUCAAUCACCUAGAAGGCCAGGUGCCAAGGGAAGGUAUCUUUUCAAAUGCAAGCAACGUAUCAUUAGUGGGAAAUACUAUGCUUUGCGGAGGUGUGUUGGAUUUCCAUCUCCCGAAAUGCCCAACUUAUAAGGUUGUCCAGCGCCAUGGUAUUAGUUCUCAGAGAAUGAGAAUCUCACUGACAGUUAUUUCUGUUUUAGUGGGUCUUGUCUCAAUGCUAAGCCUUCUACUGAUCUUGAAGGCGAGAAUGUGGAAGAAGAAGCCUCCGUUUGAAUAUCCAAUAUUGCCCACCUUUAUGAGGGUCUCUUACAGAGACCUGAGCAGAGCAACUGACGGAUUCUCUUCCGAUUGUUUAAUUGGGUCUGGCAGCUUUGGCGUCGUCUACAAAGGUAAACUAAAUGAAACCGACCCACCAGUAGCUAUCAAAGUGCUGAAUCUAAAGCAAAGGAAGGCUUACAAGAGCUUGGCGGCGGAAUGCAAUGCACUGAGAAGCAUUAGACAUCGGAAUCUCGUCAGCGUUGUGUCCUUCUGCUCCAGUUUGGACAACAACGGCAACGAAUUCAGAGCUCUGGUAUUCGAGUACAUGCCGAAUGGGAGCUUGGAGAAGUGGUUGCACCCCAUGGAUGGUUCACUGAGUUUAAGCCUCAUUCAAAGACUAAACAUCGCGAUAGACGUAGCAUCCGCGCUACACUAUCUUCACGACCUAUGUGAAACCUCGAUAGUUCAUUGUGACUUGAAACCAAGCAAUGUGCUGCUCGAUGAAUCCAUGGUUGCUCAUUUGUGUGAUUUUGGCAUUGCAAGGAUACUUUCCGCCGAGGACACAUCCUACUUAUCUAGCACCAUUGGCAUCAAAGGAACAAUUGGGUAUACCCCUCCAGAGUAUGGAAUGGGCAGCGUAGCUUCGAAAGAAGGCGAUGUCUACAGCUUCGGUAUCCUACUACUGGAAAUGUUCUCUGGGAAAAGACCUACUGACCAAAUGUUCGGCGAAGGCCGUAAUCUCCGAGAAUUUGUGAUGGCGGGGCUGCCAGAUCUGAUAUCCGUCGUAUUGGAUCCGCUGCUUUUACCCGGUGGUGGAGACGGAAUUGAACCCACGGAGGGAGAAGGCAGCAGCAAUGAGAUCACCGAAGCAGCCGCAGUGCGGCAAAGAGACAGUAACUUGGCAGACGAGAGGCUCAUGAGGUCGAGUCAAUACCGCAAUUGCAUGAUUUCAGCGGUGGAAAUCGGAAUAGCUUGCUCGAUGGAGUCGCCGGCGGAGCGGAUGAAGACGGCGGAAGUUUCCCUGAAGCUGCAAUCCAUCAGAGAAGUUUUUCUGGCGAGCACCGUCCGUCGAUCGAGAGCAAGGCCAGCUCUGGAUCCAGCGUAAACAGGGAAGCUCCCGCCUGCUCGCUUCUUGUAUGUACAAGGUCAAGGACGAUUCUUCAUUCCAAAAAUCAUACUCUUCUAAUCGCCCCGUCUCGAUGGUUUUAUAUAAAAACCGAUUGGCGGCAGUUCUGAAUAUCACCGUCUCUCAGCAACCCGAUUGCGACGCAUUCCUGCUCUUCCCGCCGAAAGAAGCGAAGGUCGACGUUGAAUCAGGUUAACUGGGAAUUCCACUCAGGUUUCAGAAUCAGGUUCGGGGCAGCUCAGAUUGCAGGCCGAGUAACUCACGGGCCAAAAAGACGACCUCGAACACGUCAUCGGCAAGUUCCCUGUGCUGUUUUUUUUUAUCACAUCGGCGACCGAUUGUCGGGGAUCAUGGCGGCGACUUUGGAACAGAUUCCUUAUCACCCUGGCGGCUAAAGCUGCAUUGACUUUAUUAAGGGUUAAUAGCUGCAUUGACUUUCUUUAAGGGUUAAGAGCUGCAUUGACUAAAUAUAAUUCUCUUUUUUACACAUUAUUGAAGAAUAUACAGCAACGUCACAACAAAAAGAAAUUACAUAGGAGAAACAUUAUUAAUCUGCCACUGGCUGUCCGACCACCUGAAUAUAUACCUGAGCACCGUAGAAAACUUCAUCAGCCUUUGUGAUCACAAACGGAAAGUGAACCUGCUUUCCACUUUCUAUGUGAGCCAAGAAAAAGUCUGUAAAGAACAAUGUCGAGUAAUGCUAUCCUACUCCUACUUCUCGCCACAAUCUACUAUUCCUUCUUCCUUUUCUCCCCGUCAAUCGACUUCCUGUUGCCUGCCAAUGCUGCUAGUACAAACGAAACUGACCGACUUGCGCUACUUGAAUUCAGAAAAGCCGUAACCAGCGACCCGAAUGGAGUUUUGCAGUCCUGGAAUGAUUCAGUCCAUUUCUGCAACUGGGUCGGCGUUUUCUGCAACGACAAGCAACGAGUCACAUCUCUAGCCAUGUCUCAGCAGGACCUGGUGGGCACUCUGUCUCCACACAUUGGCAACCUCACCUUCCUUCAGGCUAUCAGCCUGGAUAAGAACAGUUUCCAGGGUGAGAUCCCGGCGGAAAUUGGCAACCUGCUUCACCUCCAGCACCUAAAUAUCAGCAGGAAUUUCCUCACCGGAGAAAUUCCUGACAACCUGACCCGGUGCUCCGAGCUCAGGAUCAUUCAACUGCAGAUCAAUCACUUACAGGGGAGGAUUCCUUGGGAGAUUGGGUCACUGUCCAAGCUUGUGUCCAUAAGGAUUCAGCAGAAUAAUUUGACCGGGGAAAUUCCGCCUUCGGUUGGAAACCUGUCGAACCUGAUCGACUUCGGAGCUUCUUUUCUCAACUUGGUGGGAACAAUUCCGGAGAGUUUAGGCAACCUGCGCAGCUUGCAAAACAUCUCUCUCGCCAAUAACCAACUGACCGGUGCGAUUCCUCGAUCCUUCUUCAAUAGUACUUCAGUUGGAAUCAUCGCCAUUCCUUGGAAUCAUUUCACAGGUAGUUUGCCGGAGGAUAUAGGCUUCACGCUACCGAAUAUCAGGAAGUUCGCUAUUUCCAAGAACGAGUUUGUGGGGUCCAUCCCAGAAUCGUUCUGCAAUGUCACGGGGCUAGAGAUGUUGGACAUGAACAAGAAUGGUUUCACGGGACGGAUUCCCAAUUGUCUCGGGAAUUUGCCCAGAUUCAACUGGCUAUCGGUGGGAGACAAUCGUCUCGGCAAUUAUUCGUCAGCGGACUUGGAGUUCUUGACUGGGUUGCAGAACUGUACCCAACUGCAAUGGUUUGUCAUAAGUAUUAACAACUUUGGCGGCUCUUUACCUAGCUCCAUAGCUAACCUUUCAGCCCAGCUCACUACAAUUGCCCUUUCGCAGAAUCAGUUCACAGGACAGAUCCCUUCAGACUUGGAGAAAUUCGUCAACUUGAAUUACCUCGACCUGUCUUAUAACUUCUUUCGAGGUAUCAUUCCCCCUUCCUUCGACAAGUUGCUGAAUUUGGAAAGUUUGCUCUUGUUAGUAAAUCAGCUAUCGGGACCAAUUCCAAUCACCAUUGGAAACCUGACUCAAUUGUCAGUGCUCGAUGUCUCAAACAACGGACUAGAAGGCAUUCUUCCCUCGGGUAUCAAAUCUUGUGUGCAAUUGAACUAUUUGGACGUUUCCCGGAAUUCUCUUGUCGGCAUUAUCCCUAGCGAAGUCUUCACUCUUCCUUCCUUGACUAAACUAUUGAACCUGUCGAGCAACAUGUUCAUCGGCAACCUGCCUCCAGAAAUCGGGAAGCUAGAAUCCCUGAACACCUUGGAUGUUUCUCAUAAUCUCCUGAUGGGGCCGAUUCCGAACACCAUCGGGAGUUGCAAGAAUUUGGAGUAUCUCUGCUUGCAAGGGAAUUCCUUCAAUGGUUCCA